ACUAUAUGACACAGUUGGGAAACAACUAUUGCUCGUGCGUGGCCAACACAGCAUCAAGUGUGCUAUCAGAGGCUUUCACAAACCGUGUUGUCUGUCUGGUGAAUAGAACCGCCUGCAGCACGCCUCCACGUAAAGCAGCGUAAUUAAGCAGUAUCAUCAGUAUAAGAACUAGGUCUCUCGGCAGGGAGUUUUCUAGAGCUGUUUACAACGUCUAAGGAACGGCGUCAGACUAGACAGCUACGUCAGCAUAAAUCCACUGCCAUCGACGAUGUCAAGUUCCCUAAACAUCCGGAAUUUCAGUUUAAGCAAUGGGUUAAGUCGACACCGUUAUUACCGGCCCAGGAUUCCGCGGAACCGGUAUAGUCGACCAUGGUACUCCAACAGACGAACGAAGCCCACGGUUUCGGAACGCGACAGGCGCUUCAGGGACUGGUUGAGAGAAUAUCAGAGGAAGAGAGAAAACAUUGGCAGUGGCAAUGACGGGUCAGACAACGAUGAAGACGAAACUGAAGAACCGGAAGUGCCAGACACUGAUCUGUCAACGAAACUGCACGUGACCAACCUUGACCUUAACAUAGCGGAGAACACCAAGCAGCACCACACUGACAUGUAUGAGUGCACAGAGGUCAGGGGUCGGGAGGAAGCCGAGCUGGUGGUCAGAAGAGGUCAGCCCUUCCUCAUCACCAUCACCUUCGACAGACCUUACGACAUCGACAAGAACGACAUCACGCUCAUGUUGAGCUUAGCGUCUGACGAGAACAACAGCACUGUCAAAGAGACCAUCAAGGUUGGAGAGGGUAGGGACACGUCCUAUAAGCCACGGAGAUGGGGCGCCAUCAUCGCCAAAAAGGGAGACAGAUCUCUCACUGUAGAAGUGUUCUCCCCUGCAUCUACCCCUGUCGGAGUUUGGGAUUUGAUUGUCAGGACCACCGUGGACGUCGAGAACGGCAAAGACCUCAUCUGGCAGUACAACCACAACGAAGACAUCAACAUCAUCUUUAAUCCUUGGUGUAAAGAGGAUGUCGUAUACCUCGCUGACCAGAGCUGGAUCGCGGAAGCGGUGGAGAACGACUCGGGGGUGUUGUACUAUGGGACAUUCGAUACGAUAGGGAGCAGUACCUGGUACUAUGGCCAGUUCGAGGACGGCAUCCUGGACGCCGCUCUACACCUCGUCAGGAAGGGCUUCGACUUCAAGAUGACCCGCGCUAUGGGGAAUGCUACCAAGGUUGCCAGGAUUCUGUCAAAGAUCGUGAACUCCUCCGACGACAAAGGCGUUCUUACGGGCAACUGGAGCGACAACUACGCCGGUGGCACCAGUCCAACUUCAUGGACGGGGAGUGUGAAGAUCCUGAAGCAGUACAUGUCCACCGGAAAACCGGUCAAGUACGGACAGUGCUGGGUCUUUGCAGGGGUCUUAACUACAGUGUGCCGAGCCCUAGGACUGCCCUGUCGAAGUAUCACCAACUUUGAAUCUGCUCACAACAGCGACAAGGAACGUUUAAGCUGUGACGAAAUCUACCGGAUGAACAGCCGUGGGGACUUCGUAGAUAUAUCCCCGGAUUCCGUUUGGAACUUCCAUGUUUGGAACGAGGUGUGGAUGAGUCGCCCUGAUCUUGGCAGCAGGUUUGACGGAUGGCAGGUCAUUGAUGCCACACCCCAGGAGGCUAGUGACGGCGUCUAUUGCUGCGGCCCCUCACCAGUGACAGCCAUCAAGGAGGGGCUCAUCAACAUCGGACAGGACACGGCCUUUGUCUUCGCAGAGGUCAACUCCGACAAGGUGGUCUGGAAUGAAAAUGCAUUGACCAAGAAACUGAAACUAGUGUCAAGAACUCCGAACAGUAUUGGGAAGAUGAUCAGCACCCACGAGCCGACCCAGGAGCCACAGGUCGGGCUGCAGCGACUGGACCUCACUGACCAGUACAAGUACCCUGAGGGGUCGAGCCAGGAGCGGGAAGUGGUGCGGCAGGCCGAGGCGAUGUUCAGGAAGGAUAACCUGGAUGUUGACGAUGAAGAGCCUCCAGUGUCAGAGAGUGUAGAGUUGCGCAUCAACGACAUAGGGGACGUCCUCGUCGGCAACGGUUUUGACGUCAAUGUUAACGCUAUCAACAACGGCACCGACGUCCGUACUGUUUCCCUGGCUGUCAAAGUCUUCUACAAGACGUACUUCGGUGUCGUGACAGGGACGGCUGCCCGGUCGGCGGAUACAACUACUAUAGAGCCUGGAAGGAGUCGUGAAUUCGGCGUGAGUGUGACGCCAAAGCAGGCAAUGGCGCACCCCAAAGACGGAUUCAACUUCCACAUCGAGGCUGUGGCGACUGUCAAGGAGACUGAAAACAUCGUCACGAAGACGCUGUCCUUCCGGCUUCGCAGACCCGAUAUUGUGAUAAAGGGUCCUUCCACUGUUAAAGCCGGGGAGACAGUAGAGGUGGACAUCUCCUUCACCAACCCGCUUCCCGUCCUGAUGACCAACUGUACGGUGGAGACUGAAGGCAACAUGAAAAUGGUGUAUCCCGUCAAAGACAUCAAAAUAGAGAGGAUUCGCCCUGGGGAUACCUGGAGUAAGGUUAUCAAGAUGUCCCCCACCGUCUUUCCCCGCAGCCAAAGGAAGAGGGAAGCCAGCUUUAGUCUUGAGUCCGACCAGCUCGGGUCCAUUGUUGGAACAUACAGCGUCAGGGUGGCUUAGAACCCCAGUGAUCAUGCGUGUCCUUAGGCUGCCAUCAGGACUCUUCCUAGAUCUUCAUACAAUAUCUGCACUGUUUCAAUGUACUCUUAUCACUUAACCCUUUCUAAAACCAAUUGCAACUUGCAGAUCCAUUGACAAAUGCCCUCAGCUGUUCCCAACGACAAUUAAAUGUACAUGUUCUUAUGUUAAGUGAGUGAGUCAGCUGGGUUUAAACCAUGUUGCACCAAGGUGCGUACCUGCUUGGAAUCAUAAGCCUUGAAGCGGUUGCACUGUCUUUGGUCCAGCUGCAACCACACGAGGUUAAGAAUUUCCAGCAUACCAUAAUCGAUAAAAGAAUUGAGAAUUAUAUUCGUAAAUAUUUUGGACUGUCAUGGGCACAUAUAAGGACUCUCUGGGCUUCUCUAAGCUUGAUUCUAUUCCAUGUCAACUAAUAUGACAGGCAAGAAUGUAGACACUUGAAAUUUCUAAACAUUACAAAUGUUAUCCAAACGCUAUAAGGCGAAAAACUUUCACCGAAACAAACUUUGGUUCACACUACAACCAUCAUACCCGCAUCAUAACGUCACAAUCAAAGAAACAUUUCUUGGCUGACAUAUUUGCGAACAUUAUGCAAAUGUUUCGCAUGAAAAGUGCGUCAUGUACCUGUUCCUACUCACAUGGUAUUACCUUUACGAGUUAAAUAUUUGUUUCAAGGGAUUGUUACAAGGGAUUGUCGUCCAUAAAAUUGUAUGUCAAAAGGGAUGUCUUCAACUUAUAAAGAGUCAACUGGUGUUCAUGCCUUGCAACAUUACAUCAGUUCCAUCUUCCGGUGUCUACAUUAUAGAGCUGCCAGGUUCGACACAUAUGUUACACAGCUGAUGCAGUCACGUAUGUUAGAAUGACAUUGUCAGUGGGAAGGUGAGCUACAUGAUUCAUAGUACCACGUUAGUCGCUUUUUAAGCGAUCUUAGAGCUAAGGUGAUCUUACACCCAUAGCUAAAUCUACGACUUCGCUUAAGGCUGAUUUGUACAACGGGACCCUGGUCGCAAGGGUGUGUUACUAAAACUGGGUCUGCGGUUCCGUUCCUCCAUUCAGACUGACCAAGGUUAUUUAGCUGAGACAGUUUUAUUCAGCCAACCAAAAUGAGGGCAGGUUUUCACAAUGCCUUAGGGGUUCGACCUUCGUAAAUAUAUGUUACAUGAUUGAGUGACGAGAAUCGCUGCUCUGAAAUCGCUUUAUGAAAACUGGCCUGUCGCUGUUUGUAAAAAGCUAUCCAUCUGAAUCUACUUGUAAAAAUACCGAUAGUGCUACCACGAUGGAUGGGGGUAGGUUAACCGAGUACAUGGGUCGGAUAAGUAAUUUUCACUACCCGAGUCCUGAAGAUACAACAAGGACUUGUUCCGUCACGUGUAACUGAUAGACUGAUGCAUUAUCUUAGGCAUUGUCCCGUCACAGCCCUAACUAUCGCCACAGAUCUUUUACGUUUCGGGGAUCACAGCCGUCGUUUGAUGGGGACUUUUGAUGGCUACAGGACAACCGACAACACGAUGCAAUACAAUACGACCUUAAAGUUAAAUUCGCUGUUCAACUCCAAAAUAUGCCCUGUGUUCCUUGCCUCAGUGCAUAACUGUACAUUGUUAUAAUAUGUUGUUUUUCUUGUUUGCUUUCGUUUAAACAUACGCUUGAUGUACCUGUUGAACGUAUGUUGUGACCUUAAAUGUAGAAUGGGCUUAAGUGUAGAAUAGUUACAUACGUAUUAUGUACACCUUCAAUGUUGUUGCUUCUGUGCUGUUGCUGAUGCCUUGUGGCGCUAUAAACUGUGUGAUCUUUAUAGUGUUAUAUUUACAAGAUGAUUUACAUGACAGUUUGUAUCCAAAUUAUACUUUUAUAGAAAUUAAAGUGCUAUAUCCUUA